AGUUUUUGCUUGCGUGCUUAGCGCAAACAUGGCGUCCGUGCUUAAAACCAUAACAAAAAGGCGAUUAACCUUAUAUUUACGCGUAACAACACGAACCGCACCAUUAUUUUAAACCUAAAAUACAAACAUAACUUGGGUCAACAGUUAAAUGUAACUUUCGAGUCUCAAAACAAAAAGUUUUUUUUGACCCAUGUUUAUAGUUUCACUCGUGCCAAACCGACUAAGUGUAAAAGUGCUCCGGUUUUAACAAAACAACAAAGUGCGCGGUCUUUUUUAUUUUGUUGGGUUUCAUUCGUUUGUCGACGAAUCAGUCGCGUUUUGGUUUUACGGUGGGGCUGUUGUGUCGCGUGUUUCGCUUGAUAAACUUUUCUGUUCGAGAAAAUGGAUAAGUGAAAUAAAUCGAUUCGUAUUUCGAAUAAUAAUAGUCAUAGAAAGUGUUAUGUUGUUUUGUGUAAGUUUUAAACACAGUUUUUAGUGCAAUUCAGUGCGGUUUGGUGAUUCAUCUCAGUGAACAAGAUUGUUUGUGUGUCACACAUAGGUGUGUGUGUUGGAAUUUAAGUUGAAACUGCACAGGAAAUGUGUGAACGUUGAUUUUUUGGAAUCAAAAAGAGUCUGGUUGCAGCGGAAAUAAGAUGAAAAUCGCAAUUGAUUACACUUGGAUUUCUUAAGAUUCAGAAUACUAAAAUGGCGACGCGACUUCACAAACUAUUAGUUGUGAGCCUGGUGCUAACAACGACAGCCGCAGACUUCACCGCAAACUGCCCAGAGGAAUGCAAAUGCGUUUGGGCAAGCGGCAAUAAGCAAGCUGACUGCUCACAAUCAAACUUUCACGACAUACCUAAAACGCUGAGCACGGAAAUUCAAAUCCUCGACCUAACUGGAAACGAACUAUACGAAAUCACGAGACACGCUUUCGAAGACGUACGAUUAAUUAACCUUAAAAAACUUAUCUUAAAAGAAUGUCAACUUCUUACGAUACAUAAAAACGGACUAAGUGGGCUCGCCAUUAUGAUCGAGCUAGAUAUGUCUAAAAAUAACCUGAAAACCCUACACGCCGAGACUUUUAGAGAAACCACAAAAAUAAGGUGGAUUUUACUCAAUGACAACCAAAUAGAAAAAUUGGAAGAUGGACUCUUCAAUAAUCUACAAUUUUUGCAGAAAAUUGACCUCAGCAACAAUCGCAUAACCCAGAUCGGAAUGAAAACAUUCAUGUCAGUGCCGAAACUUAAUAUCCUAAGACUCAACAGUAAUAAACUUGAACAUUUGAAACUGGACACGCUCAGCGCCUUAACCUUAUCAAAUCUCGAUGUUCACGACAAUCCGUGGCGUUGCGAUUGUUAUCUACAACCAUUCAGAAACUGGGUGAUAAGCAACAAUUUUUAUACCUCCCCCAUCACCUGCAGCGAACCGCCCAAAGUCCACGGUAAGCUGUGGAAAGAAUUGGACUCCAGAGAUUUUGCUUGCCGGCCGAGCAUUGUAUACCCCUCAGUCACGACUACUAUACAAUCAGGUGACAAUAACAUAACUUUAUCAUGUCAAGUUAACGGUAACCCUAUUCCCGAAGUCAACUGGGUUUUGAAUGCCCAAAUCAUAGAUGGAACUUAUCGGUACCAAGGAGAAGUAAAAUACAUCUUAACACAGAGUAAUACAGAAAACAGCAGGUGGUUAAAUUUAACAAUAAUCGAUGCUGGAAGCACCGACAACGGAAUGUAUCUCUGUGUCGCAAAGAAUCCUGGUGGGGUGGAAGAAAGAAAUGUCACCUUAUUUGUGACUCAUACUGCCCCAGGUAUAGUCCCACCUACUGGUAUGAACAGUAAUAUGUUACCGGUUCUUAUUGGAGUGUCAUGUGCAGCUGCAAUUUUGCUGAUCAUCCUGGUCGUUAUAUGCUAUUGUUGCUGUCGGCGACGAUCUUCAGAUAAAAAGAAAGCUAAUAAUUCGAAUGGUGAAGCGUUAAUUGAAGGUUCUGUAAUACCAGAGAUGGAGAAAAGUCUUAUAUCAGCUGUCAAUCCUGUCACUAAACCUCCACGAAGAUAUGAAGUUCCACCUUCCAUUACCAGUGGCGGCACGGAAAUGUCUGAGCUGAAUAAGACUCUACUCGAUAACGACUCUGUAUUUGCUCACAACGAUGACGAAAAACGGUCAUUAGAUUUUGACCACCAACGCAAGCGUUCUGAAGAUGCACUGAGCGACUACGGGCGUACAGAUGGACGAGCGUAUCCGCCAGAUUUGCUCUCCUUUCCUCCAAGAGCAGCACAAAUAUCUCCAGCUGCUAGCAAUGCCUCAACUGUACCAGAUACAAGUAGGCUUCAAGUGAAUCCUGUCAGUCCAAUACAUUCUCCGAUCUACGGCAUGACGACUAACCAGAACAUAUUCAGAACGUUACCAUAUUCCCGGUCACAGUCACCUUUCACGGCACCCAUUACUCCGCCUGUGGUUACACCUCGACAGGGCUACGUUACCAUUCCUAGACGGCCUCGUGUACCCUCAUGGUCCAGUACUGCAAGUACUCAAAUUCUUCCAAGCGCCGAAGCACAGGAACCUCUCUAUGAUAAUCUCGGCUUGCGGACCACCGCAAACGGCAGCUCUGUUCUAUCUCUUAACAAAACUGGAUUAGAGCCACAAUUUUCUCCAAUGAGAAAUAGACCACUGCCUGCGACCCCUACCUCCUAUGCGAACACACAUCCGGUUUUCUACGCACCAAUAGAAGAACAAGAACCAGCUCCGUCACCAGUACCGCCGCCAUUUACUCCCACGAGAAAUAGUAUAAGUUCACAAUUAUCGACCCAGCUCUCCACUCCAGGCCCUCAAGAGCCUUCCAAUCCCAGGAUGAGUUGGACGGCGAAAAACACAUCAACUCCCCAGCCAGAACCAAGAAAACUCAGUGUGGAUUCAGAUACUUUGAUUCGUAAGGGUAAACCAGAAACUGGCUCGCUACGAAGAAACCCAAGACCCGAUAAAGAAGAGUCCAGUUCGCCAACAAAAGAAGAUCCAAGAAAGAAUGAAAGCAGCGCGUCCUUGAAUCAAUCCGGAACUAUGGGAAGAAGUGGUAAGAUCCCACCGAGGCCUCCACCCAAACCGAAGAAGAAGCCAAGUCCAGAAGUGAAUCCCAGCGAACCUUUAUUUGAAGAUGAGGGUGAAGACGGCACGGAGGUGUAGUGUCGGGAUGCCACUCGUUGUGCCAAUGAGCUUGUAGUGAUAGCAACGCAGUGAAGUGUUAACAGUGAAAAGACAUGACAGUUAAUUUUUGAGGUGCUCGUGUAUAUACCUGUAGUGCUAGAUUUUUUACUAUUGCGUAUAUUACGGACCAUUAUGCGAGUUUUAAAUUAAGUAUUGUAACUAGCCGUGAGUUAAAACAAUUUCGAAUUGGAAACCGUAUCAUUAAGUAUUUAUUUUUGUUUUGACAUCGAAACGGUAGCUAUUUCAUCGCUUGCCACAUAAGGCAUAUCUUGAUCCAUUUUAAGACUGAUUAUUCUAAAUUGGUUGUCACAUUCCGUAGUGGUUUUGUCCUUAUUCCAGAGUUUUGAGCCUAACAAUGCAUUUAGAAAUUUUAAAUUACUUAGAUGUAUUUUGAAGACUGAAGAGAUUUUAGACGCUUUUUGGCUAUUGAUGCAGUCAAUAGAUCAUUAAGCGUAUUAGAGUUAUAUCCCCAUCAUUUUAAAUAUUGUGCAGCUUUUUAGAUAAUAUUAAAAAUCAUUGUACAUUUCAUAUAAUAAACUGGUCAAUUACAAGUUCCGUUUAAGACUUGUAAAUUUAAGUCUUUAGAUAUCAUUUUAGUUUACACCGAACGCGUCUUCGACACAUUGUUAUUUUAUAUAGUACAACAUUAUUUAUGAACGAUUAAAUAAGGAAUAGUUCCUAAAGUUUUAAAUACUAGGCGAGUAUCAUCUAUAAUUUUAUGUACAUAAUUUUAUAUACUUUUUAAUGUUAAUAAUUGGUGCAUUUUAGUUAUUGACGUCACUUAUUAUUUUAGUACAAUCAUGAAAUAUUUAAAUAGAUUAUUUGACAUUAAAGGGUUAAAUCUAAAAUUGUGAUAUACUUUAAGUUGAUCGGGAAGCGUAUUAAUGUAUUAAAAAUUCUGAAAGCUAAAUCUAUCCCAAAAGUUUUCUGAUCAGCUUGAAAAUAUUUAUUCAUUCCUUGCAACUGUUAAACGUUAUAAAAACCCUCUUCAAAUGUUCAAUAUAAUCGUCAUAAUCACGUAUCUUGUUAAAGAAUAUCUGCACUUCUAUUCUUUUACACCUAAACCGUCUUAACAGAGUAUGUAUUAAAUGAAUGAAUAAUAAUUUCAUAAAACCUAACAUGUACCACAAGCCCAUUUUAAUUCCUUAAGAAUUGGUACAAAAACGGUAAGUCAAAAAAGUCUUUUGUACAAUAAUUAUACUUUACCUAUCGUUCAGGAAACCAUAACUAGGUCGGAAACAGUUGUACUCAAAAAUUCUGAGCAGCUUUAUAUGUCAAAAUUAUAUAUAUUUCCAGUGAAUACAAGGUGAUACAACCAUGAAAUACUUAGAAAUUCCCUGUAUUACCGCUAUACUUCAAGCCAGCGUUCGAAAAAAUUCAUUCCAAAAACAUUUCGCAUGUGUUUAUAUGUAUUAUUGUGUAAUAUUUUUGAUGAAUUCAUAAAUGAAGUACCUAAUUUAAACCUUUGCAAUUGUUUUUUUUAAAUAAUUUUUUAAUGCAAUUUUACAUAAAAUGUCAGUCGUUACACGGAUAUAAUUACUACCCUUUUGUCUCUUUUUCACAAUUUGUGUUUAUGUUUUGAUGGAAAGAGACAAAACAGUUAAUUUAGACUGAAUUUUUGUUUGGGUACAAGAAAUGUUGUAAAAGUUUUGGACCAGCGCAAUCUAACGUGUAUCUUGUAAAAGAGUGAAUACAUUUACCCUUAUUACGUCUGUAUUCUUUUAUGUACAACCUAUGUAUCAAUUUUACAUUGUUUACUGUAGACAUAUGUUUUAUAUAGGUUAAACGCUACAUGUAAAUAAACAUUAAACUGAUUAAAGCUAUAUUUCAGUAUAA